CCUGCGCGAAAGUGGAUGCGCAUUCAACUUAAAGAUUUUGUCGUCAAAAUCCCGGAAUUUUAGUAAACUCAACAUUUCUGCUUGUAUCUUCAUAUUGCUUUGUAAAAGCUGUGAUUCACAAUGUCGAUCGGAGAGGAACAAACCGAGUGUCCGUUGUGCAUGGAGCCAUUGGAAAUGGAUGACAUCAAUUUCUUUCCAUGCACUUGUGGCUAUCAGAUCUGCAGAUUCUGCUGGCAUCGAAUACGGACAGAUGAAAAUGGCUUGUGUCCAGCUUGUAGAAAGCAUUAUCCAGAAGAUCCUGCAGAGUUCAAACCUUUAACGGAGGAUGAAUUACAAAGAAUCAAAAAAGAAAGAAGACAAAAAGAUCUCCAGCGUAAACAGAAAGCUGCGGAAAAUAGAAAACAUUUGGCAAAUGUCAGGGUUGUACAGCGUAACCUCGUAUUUGUGGUUGGGCUGUCUCAGCGGCUGGCAGACACAGAAGUUUUAAAGAAACAUGAAUAUUUUGGAAAAUUUGGCAAAAUCCAUAAAGUAGUGAUCAAUCAAAGUACUUCGUAUGCGGGAUCUCAGGGUCCUAGCGCGAGUGCCUAUGUUACUUAUCUACGAACGGAAGAUGCAUUACGGGCAAUACAAGCAGUGAACAAUGUCUAUAUAGAUGGUAGAACUUUAAAAGCAUCUUUAGGAACAACUAAAUAUUGCAGUCACUUUUUAAAAGGAAGCCAGUGUCCCAAACCCGUAAGUAGUCUUUCGGAUUGUAUGUAUUUACAUGAGUUGGGGGAGGAGGCGGCCAGUUUUACUAAAGAGGAAAUGCAACAGGGCAAACAUACAGACUACGAACACAGACUCAUGGACCAGUUAUUAACUCCGACACCAGUAACAGCUAGUCCAGCUCCUGGUUCUGGAGUUUCUGGAAUUGGGAAACCUCCAGCUCAGCCUCCUGUGGCAAAGAAGAAAGAAUCCCCUCCAGUUACUCCAGAUAUAUCACAGGUUCCCCCAAAUACAACAAACAGAGAUGCUUGGCCUUCAUUAUCAAGUGGAAAUGGAAAAACAGACACAACUAGGUUAACAAAUGGCAAUAGGGCACCCCAGCCACCCAGCUUAAUGCAACAGACUCAACAGAACAUACAAAAUUUACAAAACAGAGCCCCAGGCACAAAUAGACACAGAACUAACACAGAAGAUGAUUCUCAACACAGAAGUUCAACAGAAGACAGUCCAAGCCAUUUGUCACCGCCACACACAGUCAUGCCUCCACAGCAACAGCCAACACUCUCAAAUAAGACUAUUUCACCUCCAUGCACUAACAAUAUUGGCUCAAAUAUGCGGCAAAAGUUUCCCUUCCAAACGUCAGAUCCUCUCUCAUUGUUUAGUAACAGUGGAUAUUCUGGUGCAAUUAAACCUUUAAUUCAGCCACCCAUGGCACCCACAGUUGAUAUCCCUACUACAGAAAUAGCUGAGAGUAUACCAGUAUCAAGCAGUACAGACUGGCAGGCAGCAUUCGGCUUUGCUCCAAAGAAAGAAACAGUUUCCAAUGCAGAUGAUGAUUUAGGUUUUGACCCAUGGGAAGAAUCCAGCAAAGUUUUGUCAGAGAUCAUGGAAAAUGAGACUGUGAUCAAUCAGCAUAAUGUUGUGAACAACAAACCUACGGGUCUACCCCCUGGUUUCACACCCAAUCACAUACCAAAUCUUAGUGCCACACACAGAACAGACUCUCUACACAGCAAUAUGCUUGGACUCAUGGGGAUGCCAGAAGGGGGCCUUAUGGCAGGGAAUGGGCUCCCUGAGGGGUCACACACACAUCUACACAAUAAACAACAGAAUGUCAACUUAAAUCAGAACACAGACCCAUUUAAAGUGAAAGACUGGCAAGAAGGUCUACGCGCCUUACUCCCCAAUAUCAACAUCAGCUUUGGAACUCCCCCAGUGCAACAACAGCAGCACCAGCAACAGCAGCAGAAUAAUCAACACAUACAUAGCAUGCAACAACAGAAAAACUGGUCAAAUACAAAUAAUAUAUCUGUAGGAUUAAACGAUCCUGCAAUUGUGACAUCAGCAAUGACGCCCGACUCUAAUCACCCCUCAGACAGCGAUCCCCACUGGAUGAGGUCCUUACAGCAGCUCACAGAACUUGACUCAGCGCCAACCAAUCACAGCAGAUUGCCAUUUGUACAACAGUUUCAGCAGUUUACAGCCCCCCAAAGUUGGAGCCCACUUCAGAACCCACCCCCAGGAUUUCAGGCCCCAAUCCGACCCCAGGGUCAUACAGAGCAACGCCCAAUAACCGAGGGACUACAAUAGACUCUUAACUCCUCUAAUGAUAGCAUUACAGAAUGAAUGUCCAGCCAAGUUUAUCAGUUUAAUUUUGAAAUACAAGAGUACUUAAAUGCAGCAAUAUUGAUGUUCUCUACAGCAAUGUCGAAGUCCAUUUCUAAGGCAAUAUAGAAGUACGGCAACGUUGAAAUACAUUUUUAAGGCAUAUAGAAGUACAGCAAUGUCAAAGUACAUUUCUA